AUGAACCUGGGUAGGGAGGUCCACCACAACCCCGCUCCAUCUGGGUCCUUUGAACGCUCUGCCAAAAACAUUACAAUCGACGGUAAUGGCGUGCUCCAUGCCGAGCUUGAAGGUGCUUAUAAUGAAUACCAUAAGGCGAGUAUUGACCUCAAUUACUACCUGGGAAACGACGACGGAGAAUUUCAAUGGGGUGGUACCGAUUUCAUCAAGACUGCUACAGAUCUCGCAAUUGUGCAUGAUAAGGAAGGAGUCAUUGUUCUACGUGCUGAGUUGUGUGUUCCACCUGCUGAUUUGUGUGGGGACGGAGGUUAUGCCACCAAUCAAGUCAGGCUGGGCGAGCACAUUGGAAAUAAUAAUGGCCAAUUUGAGUUCCACAAAUAG